ACGGAAGUUACGCCAUCUUGGAUCUGCGGGCUACUGCGGCUAGCUAGCUAGCGUCCGAUCUCAGAACGCAUCGUUCCUCUGAUGUGGUUUGGUUCUUCCCGCGUAGAUAUUAGACGUUGAAUCCAACACAGAUCUCCACCUGAACCUUUCUUCCUCUCACGAAUGGAUGGGGAAGAUGACGACUUCCUGUCCGGAAGACACUCCGACGACGGAGGCGGCACUCCGGUUCAGGACGAGCACGGCGAGCAGGCCGGGCACCGGUCAGAGGACGAGGGCAGCGGCCAUGACGACAGCCCCGUCGCCAUGGAGACCAGCGGAGCAGCCGGCGGCUCCGAGGAGGAGCGCGCAGGAAGCGACAGCGACUCUGGGGCCGAGGCCCCCGGGGGUCACCGUGACAACGACAAGACAAGCAACUUGGAGGCGGAGCCUUCUCAACCUGCUGAAAGCGAGGAGGAGGAGGAGGGAGGGUCGUCUCCCCCGAAGCGCAGAGGGAGCAGCUCGGAUGUGGAGGGGGGGGGGCACAUGGCCCCCGCAGGCAGCGGCUCAGAGAACGAGGACGCCAAACCUGCGGUGUCUCCCGGCAGUGACUCUGAGGACGAGACACCAGCGAGACGCAAGGCAGUACAUAUAGACUCUGAGGAGGAGGAGGGAGGAGGAGGUGGGAAGUGGAAGGCUGUGAUGCAGUCUGACAGUGAGGAGGAGGAGGAGGGCCGGGGGAGGAGGAAGGCUGCAGCAGGAAGUGAAGGCGAGAAGGAGCAGAAAGACGAGGACGACGAGAAGCCAGUGAAGAGGAAGAAGGCUGUUCUGUCAGACAGUGAGGAGGAGGAUGAUGAUGAAGAGCACACAGACAAACCAGCCCCUAAGAGGACCCGGGUGGUGUCCGAUGACUCUGACGGCGGCGCCCUGCCGCUCCGCCCCGACUCGGCGCUGGCAGCGAAGCUGAGGGAACUCGGCUCGGACAGCGGCAGCGAUGAAGACGAGAGGAUGAAGAGCGGAGGGAAGAAGGAGGAAGAGGAGAAGGGCGAGAAGGCUCUGUUCGGCAGCGACAGCGACUCUGGGGAGGAAGAGGAGGAGGAAGAGGAGAAAAUGAUCGCGGACAUCUUUGGGGAGUCCGGAGACGAGGAGGAGGAGUUCACGGGCUUCAACCAGGAGGACCUGGAGGGAGACAAGAAGGAGGCCAAGGGGCAGCAGGAGCAGCAGCAGGAGGAGUCCGACUCGGACGACGGGGUGGACCGCAGCGGCCAAGACACCAGCUUCAUGUCGGACUUUGACGUCAUGCUGGCCCGGAGGAAAGCCAUGAACAGCAGGAAGCGGCGGCACCGCGACGGCGGCACCUUCAUCAGCGACGCGGACGACGUGGUCAGCGCCAUGAUCAGCAAGAUGAACGAGGCCGCCGAGGAGGACCGAACUCUGAACAGCCAGAAGAAACCGGCGCUGAAGAAACUCACCCUGCUGCCGCACGUGGUCAUGCACCUGAAGAAGCAGGACCUGAAGGAGACGUUCAUUGACAGCGGCGUGAUGUCGGCCAUCAAAGAGUGGAUCAGCCCCCUCCCAGACAAGUCUCUGCCGGCCCUCCGGAUCCGGGAGGAGCUGCUGAGGAUCCUACAGGAACUGCCCAGCGUGAGUCAGGAGACCCUGAAGCACAGCGGGAUCGGACGCUCCGUCAUGUUCCUCUACAAACACCCCAAAGAGUCGCGGGCCAACAAAGACCUGGCGCUGAAACUCAUCAACGAGUGGUCCAGACCCAUCUUCGGCUUGACCUCCAACUACAAGGGGAUGACCAGAGAGGAGCGCCAGCAGAGGGACCUGGACCAGCAGAUGCCCCAGAAGCAGAGACUGAGUCAGCCUCCGGAGGUGGGGGGGGCGAAGGACCCCGACGUCUUCUCUCCACCAAUCAGUUCCGGGGGUCAGACGCCUCGCAGAGACCUGGAGAAGCAGCUGACUGGGGAGGAGAAGGCCCUGCGGCCCGGCGACCCCGGCUUCUGUGCCCGGGCUCGGGUCCCGAUGCCCUCCAACAAGGACUACGUGGUGCGGCCCAAGUGGAACGUGGAGAUGGAGUCCAACAGGAGCGGCUAUAAGAAAGGCCUCAGCCAGCUGGAGAAGCUCAAGCGCCGCGUCGCCGACCAGAAGAAAACGGGCCGCCCGCAGGGAGCUGUGAAGAUCAGCAUAGAGGGGAACAGGAUGCCCCUGUAGGGGGGCGGGGGGGCAGUAAGUCCUUCUGCAUGGUGUGACGACGUGUGGAGGGAGUCCUUCCCCCAGAGGGGGCGCUCACCUCUGUGUCCACCAACCAGUCUGUCUGUGGGGAACCCCGUGACCUCUGACUCUCCCCCGGUGACCUCUGGCUCCCCCGGUGACCUCUGACUCACUUGUGACCUCUGACUCCUCCCCCGCGACCUCUGGCUCCCCCGGUGACCUCUGACUCUCUCCCGUGACCUCUGACUCCUCCCCCGCGACCUCUGGCUCCCCCGGUGACCUCUGACUCUCUCCCGUGACCUCUGACUCCUCCCCCGCGACCUCUGGCUCCCCGGUGACCCCUGACUCUCCCCCGUGACCUCUGGGACGCACCGAUCUAACCGCUCUUGGCCGUGUGUUCCCAGGUCUGUUGUGUGUUGUUAGGAGGAGUCUGGUGACUUCUGAAGAUGAAGAUGAAGAGGUUUAAAUAUACAUAUAUAAACAUUGAUUUAAAGGAAUCGAUCCGAUCAACAAAUACAUAAAACCUUUUAAACGCAUUUGUACUUUUUAUUACAUCUUUGUUUAAAGAAUAUUGGUUAUUAGAUUAAUUGAGGGUUUUGGAUAUCACACACACACACACACUCAGACCUGCCGGUGGGUUGAGGCUGUCUUUUGGUCUUUUGGGAGCUUGGUGAAGGAUCAUCUGGGCGUUUGUUUCUUCCUCCGCAUGAAGAGAAGAGGGAUGAAAAGAUGUGAUGAAACAUUCUAAAGCACCAAAGGAUGGAAACGAAUAGUGUGUAAACAUACAGGAAGCCACCUGUUGGCAGGUCACAUCGUUCUGUUUGAUCCUUCUAAGCGGAUCAGAAGAAUCUGUGACCACAUGGAGAUGUGUGAAGUCACGUGACUGAUCUGUGACUUGGUUGUUGUUCGUGGAGGUGUUUCAUCACUCUUUUGUGGAGGCGGUGUGACCUCUGACCCCGCCCUGACCCCGCUGUGUGUCGUUGCAGCACGGCCCGAUGAAGAAGGGGAUGACCCGCGUGGACAAACAGAUGAGGAGGUUCGCCGACAUCCGCCGCCUCACCAAGCCGGGCCACGCCGUCAAGAUCAGUGUGGAGGGCAACCGCAUGCCGCUCUGAUUUUAACCCCCCUCGGACUUCCUCACGCCUUCGCUUUAUUUUUUAUUUUUUAUGUGUUGUAUCAUGAAACAACCCCCCCCCCCCCUCCAGGUCCAGCUCUGUCCAAUGAAGGGCCAACGUUAAAUCACUUUGAAUUAAAGGGACAAUUCUCAAGGAUUUAGUGGCAUCUAGUGGUGACCCCGCCCCCUCCCUCUCUGAGCCUAUUGGAGCGCUGCAGGUAACUCACAGGGUCCAAAGAGUCCAGAAGGUUUGCUUUGUCCCUCUUCGAAACAUGAACAGCUGAAAGUUGUGAAUAUUUACAUUUCUGCCAAUAAAUCCCACUAAAUCCUCCACUGUGGUCCUUUAAGUCGCUCUGUUUGAUUAGCCGUCAGCUCAAUUAGCUACAAGCUAACUGGAUGCACAAUGUGUUAUUUGUUAGCUCUACAUAAUCUUAGCACUAGGCCAUGGCCAUGUCAUUAGCUGCUGUUAGCAUUAGCCUACAUUUACAUGGAGCUAAUGUUAGCAGUGGCAUCAGCUUUAGCGUCACACUGAACCCUUGAUGACUAUUUGGUUUAGUAGCGUCAAAGAGGUCCAACUGAACCAGUGACUAAGAAAUGGUCUCCUGGUUUAGACGCAAAGAGUGGAUUCUUUCUUCUGACCAAAGAACCUUCAGGUGGCGAUUCCGGCCCGCUUUGACCCUUCUCUGCUCCCGUAGCGUCCCUACAGGAGGACAUGAACUUGUUACAAGGAUCCUGUUGAUCAGGUGAUGCUUUUUCUAAUAAAGACUCAAACACUCUG